AUGGCGCCGUUGGUCCUCGAAACGGACCGUCGGGUUCUGGCGCACGCGCUCGGCCUGCGCCUGCACCGCCUUGUUCACCUCCGAGGCCCAGGCGCCGGCGCUGUCGCGGGGCGGCGUCUUGCGGCCUAUGUCGAGGCGCGUGAGGCCGCGCUGCAGGCUCGCGUCGUACAUGUUGAGGUUGCGCCGCUCGUCGGGCUGCAUCGGCUCGGCGGCUGGUACACGGGGCGCCGGGCGGGCGCGUCCGGGUCCACGGCCAUGGGCGAGGCGUUGCGGCGCGGGACGGGGUCGAACGACUCGAUGCCGGGCAGGCGCAACGACGACUGGGCGCUGGGCGGGUUCGCGAUGGGCGGCGGGGGUUCGGCCGCACCGCCUGGCUCCCGACGGCGCUCAGCUGGUGGUGCGCCUCCGCCACGCGUCGUCGGCGGUGCUCGCGUUGGAGUCGCGGCGGCCCGACCAGGCCGACGCCGACGACGCGGGCGACGUCAUGCCGACGCUCCCGCCACCCGCCGACGGCAGCGCGGCGGGGUGGGAGCUGUUGAGGAGUGCCGGGCCAAAAGGCGAGCGGCCGGGGCCCGAGAGGUGGGCCGGCUGGAAGGGGUUCGCGCUCGAGGGCACGCUGAGGCGGCGCCCCGGGGUGCGGCUGCCGGCCGAGUACAGGCUCUGGGACCUCGAGUGCGACGAGGUGGGCGACGCCAUGCCCGAGGGCCAGCGCGGGCUGCUCUGGGCCGUCGAGAAGGUGGCCGAGGUGGGCGUGCUGUAGUCGGCGGGCGACGAGGCGCGGUAGGGGUAGGGCUGUCGACGCCGCUGCGGUACGCCUCGAGCGACAGGCGGGACCGAGGGUCGGCGGCCAUGACGAGCGGCGUCGGGCGGCGGCGGGCGUCGGGGACCUGGGCGGCGUACGACGACGACGCCACGGAGCUGAUGCUGGCGAUGCUCGACGUCGACAGCGACUUGGAGUGGCCGCGCGCGGGGCCGCCGGCGCUGCCGCCCGUCGAGGCGCGGGCCCUGUUGCCGGCCUGCCGGACGCGGUCGGUGCGGAUCUGGCGUUGGAACCUCGAGCCCGUGGCGGCGAGGGAGUCGAUGGGGAUGUCUUCGUUGACGUGGACCGUCUGGGCGUGCUGCCGCAGGUUGUCUAGCCUCGAGAAGCGCCGCGAGCAGUGGCACUGGAAUGGCCGCUCGCCCGUGUGUUUCCUGGCAAGAGACUCACCGAAUGUGGCGGGCCAGGUGCUCGCUCCGGGUGAAGCUCAGGUUGCAAGGCGGGUAGUCGGUGCAGUAGAAACGCUGCGACUUCUUCUUGCUGGACCGGGAGCCGUCGGCAUUGACGCUGUCGUCGUCGGAACCGGCGUCGUCGAUGUCGGAGUCGUCCAUGUCGACGUCCAUGGGCGUCGACGACUUGGCCGACCGGUCGGCGGGCUCGGGCAGCUGGAUGGCCUGGGGGAAGGGACUUGUGGGCAGCGGCUUCUGGCCGGCGAAGGAGGCCCUCGUCGGGGUGGCGGCGGCGUCGUGGGGGGCCAUGGCGGCGAGGUGCUGGGCGUGAGGAGCCGUGCUCGGGCGGGAGGCGACGGCGGACGACGAGGCCGGGGCCGUCGGGUCUUCCUUGAUGGUCUGGGCGAUGAGGCUGUGGUUGACGGGUCGGAAGGUGGCGGCCAUGUCUCCCGCUCACAGACGCGAGCGUCGCGGGGCGAGGCCGACGGGAUGGGGAGCGACUGCCAGGGGCGAACCCUCAGCUGUCCGGGCAGACGGGCAGCGAAGCGUACGCCGUGUCGAGGGCGGUCGGGCUCGAUGGACGGCUGCGUGUCGUGUCGGCCGGCAUACGACUCGGGGUGUGCGGUGGCGAAGGGCCGUUUGCCGCGCUCUGCUCCUCAGCUGCUUGUCGUCGACGCUGGCGACGGGCGUCGGAUGGAGAUGGGAUGGAAAAUGACGGGGGAGCGAUGA